GAGUUUUGAGGAGUUCGAGCUGCAUCUGAAAAAGAAUGACUGAAGACAAUUCCAUUUCCUUUGACUUUCCCAGCAACCGCGGCUCAACUGUGGAGCAGUGCCAACGCAUGAUUCAUAAGAGUCUCCUUUCUCCAAAGGUGAGGUUCUUGAAGGAACACUUGGAGAAAGCUGGGUGUUCUAUAGGAGAUAAUUUCAUCAAAGCUAUUAAAUGCGACGACGCUGGUGUAGCUGGUGGUUACACUCAGGGUCAAGGGAUAGUUGUGUGCUGCAACGAGAUGGAAUCUCAAGAUGAUGUUAACCAGGUGUUAAAGCAUGAGCUAAUUCACGCAUUCGAUGAUUGUCGUGCUGCAAACUUGGAUUGGAGUAGUUGUGCUCACCACGCUUGUAGCGAGAUAAGAGCUGGUCAUCUUAGUGGUGAUUGUCAUUUCAAACGGGAACUUCUUAAAAUGGGUUCUCUGAAGAUCAAAGGGCAUGAGCAGGACUGUAUCAGAAGAAGAGUUUUGAAAUCAUUGUCUGCAAGUCCAUAUUGCACCGGUGUGGCUAAGGCUUUUAUGGAAUCUGUAUGGGAUGUUUGUUACAAUGAUACAGAGCCUUACGACCGAGCUCCUUAAAAGUUGUGUGAUUGUUACUGGCAUUUAUUAUACCAGGUUCCAUUUUUGGCCUAGGAACCUUUAUAGGUGGUCGCAAAUGUGAAUGAAAUUGAAGAAUGAAGGCUCGCUAACUUCUUUGGUGCAGAACUCUAUCUGUUGUUAGUUUAUCCACAUGGAAUUUAAAUGGACAUUUGUUUGCACUUUGCUCACUAAAUUAUAGAAGUUAUUUUAUUUAUUUAUGUUUUGUUGAUUUAGCCUGGCGAUUCAAUUUGAGAGGGUUGCACGGGUUUAUUUGUAAUGAUGACCAAGUUAUAUACAUCUUAAAUGUGAUAAAUUUGUUGUUCUUU